AUGGGUGGGGAUGGAGGCGGUGACAGCGCUGCAGAGCUGCUGGCUUUGGAGGACGCCACGGCUGCUGCAGAGGCCAGAGUGACUGAAGAGGCUGAAACUGAGACUCCAGGCGCAAAAGCAAAAGGGAUUGCAGCAAAAGGCAAAGCCAAAUGCAAGCCCAAAGCAAAAGGCAUAAUGAAAAGGCCGGCGGCGCAGAAUGCAUCGUCGCGCAAGAAGGCAAAAGCAGAAGGCCGCCAUGAUGAAGAAGAGGAGACGGCCAUGAACGAGGAAACGGAAGAGAAUGAAACUCUGCCGGAGGAAAAAAAGAAGAAGGAGAACAAGAAGGAAACGGCAAAGAAGGAGAACAAGAAGGAGAACAAGAAGGAGAACAAGAAGGACGAGAAGGCAAAUGAUAAGGACAAGAAGGAAAAGAAAGAGAAGGAAAAGAAAGAGAAGGAAAAAAAAGAGGGCCAGGAAAAGAAGACAGGCAAGAGCAAAGACGAAGAGAAGGCCAAGCAAAUCCAGCUGACCCAAAGCAGCGAGGAUGAGGAGGAACCAAAGGCGCCUGGAACGGAGACCGCUGAAGAGAAAAGAGACACAAAGAAGGCCUAUGUGUUCAACAAGAUGCUGCACACUUUGCCAGAACAAGUGCAACAGAUCUUUGCAGACAAGCAAAUUUCUCGACAGGAAAAAACAAAACUAGUGAACUCAAUGGUGGAAGUGAACGAGCACGGGAAGCAUGUGCUGAAGAAAGUGGAGGAUUGCGAUGUCGCUAUGGCCAUGAGCCGACAAUAUAGGAUUACAAAAGGCAAAGAAAAAGCAAAAGGCUAUCCAAGAUGUGUGAUUGCCGCAAAGCUAGGUGGAGAGAUGCAAUUGGAACGGGCGUUGCAGUCUGGAGAGGUCAUCCCCGUGGAGGACAAGGGCAAGAUCUUUUACUGCAUUCAGAGCAUUUCCAUUAGCACAGAGACAGGCAAUCAGCAAAGUGUGCAGAUGCAGCAAGCUCCUCGACAGCUGCAGGACUCAGAGCAGGACGCACUUACGGCCUUUUUCGACAACUUUGAGCCGGCCUUUGGAUCGGCUGCAUCGGCUGAUGGUUUUUUUGGUUCUCAGCGCAGCCAGCCCAAGCAACCAAAGCGCUUGAUGGAUGGCAUGUCGUUGGCCGGCCAGAUGCAAUUGGCCCUCAUGGACGCGCCAUGUUCAUCUGCGGCAGCUGCUCCUGCAGACCCUGCCAUUUCUUUGCCAGAGAAUGUCAUGGGAAAAGUGGGUGAUGCUUUGGAGUGGGUCAAGAAGGCUAAGGAGUCAGUGAAGAAGGUUUUGCAAUCACCUGUGUCUGGACACACAGGGCAAGCCCUCAAGAGCCAGCUCAAGUCAAAGAUCGAGAUGGUGUUGCGCCACCAAAUGGCUUUGGAGGAGUUCCGCAUCUGUGCAUCGGCGCCGAUGAGCGCAGUCAGGCAGUGUCUCCAAGAGACCACCCAGUGCUUGGUCGAAGUCCAGGAGUUGAUCAGAGCCAUCCAUGCCUUAGGUUAG